UGUCUCUUGGCUGACCUGGGAACGCCUUGGGCUCCCCCCGGAGGAGCUGGAGGAGGUAUCUGGGCAGAGGGACGUCUGGGUGUCUCCACUGAGUCUGCUGCCCCCAGAGAAGCGGAAGACUACAAGUACGAGCACGAGUAGUGCGUUUCAGUGACAACACCAACAUAUGGGUCUGGCAGUCACUAUAAGAAUUUUGGGUAGUUUUCAACAAACGAUGACAUUUCUAGGAAAGGUUAUGUGUUUACAAGGAACUUUUCAGAAAGGACAAAUAUGAAAGUCAUUUCAUGAAACAAAUCUAUUUUUAUAUGGACAAGGCCUAAAGACAUCAAAGCUAAUGUGUACCUAUUUAUUUGCAUGAGCAGGGCACCCAAACUGGCUCAAGCCAGGUAAAAAUACUAAAAGCCAAUAUAUAUUUUCUUUGUGUCAUCUAUAAACUGAUCUCUCUUAAAACCCAUUACUAGAUAUCAGGAAAUUUUGUUCUGUUGGGAUUAAGUUUCAAAUGAACAUUCAGAAUUCAAUCUGAAGGGAAACUGCAACAAGAAAGUACAAAAUACCACAUUACAAAUUCUUAAAUAACCUGACCUUUCAUAUUACAGCAAAAUAAACAGCCUUCCCUAUUAAAAUAUAUUUACAAACAGUUAAAACAAAGCGACUGCAUGGAUCUUCAUCUUUUUCUGAUAAUAUUCCAUGUGUUCAUAAUGUCUCAGAAUAUUUCUAUAGAUAGAUAGAUAGAUAGAUAGAAUAGAUGGAUGCCAUGUUUUCUGCUGGUGUGUGUCUACUGUGUUUUAUUAAGUCUAAAGUCUAAAAUCUUAAGAAUGCUUCAUGGUUCGAUCGGCUGACAAGCUUGAAGCUGUUGAUUUCAUUUUCCAGCAGGACUUGUGUCCUGCCAUAUUACCAAACGUAAGCACUUAUUUAAUGACAAUUUUAAGACUGUGACUUAUUGGCCAGCAAACUUGCUGAAAAGGAGGAACAAUCAAGGAGCCAACAAUGCAGACAAGCUGAAAGCUGCAACCUGGGCUUCCUCAGCAGAGCCAAAGGCUGAUUUCCUCCUUGCCAUGCUGAAUUUUUGCAGUAUUUCAAAUGAAAAAAAGCCCCAAACCCAGUACUAAGACCAUAUACUGCACAAUACAUGGGCAUACUUUUCACUUGGAAGGUAUUUCUGUAUUUGAAAUGCCUUUUAUUGGUCUCAUGUAAUAUUCCAGUUUUGGAAGAAGCUUGAUUUAAGCAUCGGAAUUAUCAGAAGUAAACGCCUGACAUUUCUCAUAUAAUAUGUAAAUUUACAUUUUUUUGUAAAAUGAUUGGAAUACACUAGCUUUUUAAUAAUAUUCUAAUUUACUGAUAGGCUCCUGUAUUUAUUAUUCUCUGUCUGCAGGUGGCUUGUGAACAUAUUGAACAUGUUUUAUCUUCAAUCCUCAUCUUAACCUAAGUCCACAUACAGAAACACAGAAAGCUUGUAUGCUCCUCUGAACAGUGAUAAUGACCCAGCCUCCCAACAUGUGGCUUUAUUUUCUAUGAAUCUCUGAGGUGUUGUCCCCUGUGUGCAGGGUGCAUAAAGGAACCCACUUUAAAAAGUCACGGGUAGAGUUCUUUCUGCCUCUCAAGAUGAGCUGCACUUGUUUGGAAAUCUGAUUCGCCAAGGAGGCUGCGGACGCCCCGCCUCCCGGCUCGGCCGCCGCCUCUGAUUGGUCCUUACCGUCGCCCGUCUUGGGGACAUCGAGAAAGGCACGAGUUGGCCUGAAAGCCUGCGCUGGCUGCUCCUUAGUGUCGGACACGUAGUGGGAAAGAGCAGGUCCCGAUGCACAAGUCACGGCAGCCCUGGGCGGAGAUGAAGGCGGACUCCGACUGGCUCUGAUUUUUCAAAGCCCUUUUCAUUCAGGAGCUUGCUUGCCCAAAUUGGUCAUCGAUAUGUCAGAUCCGUUAUCCCCGGGACCCACCGUUGCAAAAAUGGCGUCACUCAACCGGGUCCGAGCUUUGGCGAUGAUUUUCUUAACUGUCACUGGCUGCUGUGUCACCCCGACAAGUGGCAAGGAGGGCUCCGAGGAGACCGUCAUCAUCGGGCUCCGGCUGGAGGACACGGACGACAUUUCCUUCAUGGAUAAAGGCUACCUGCGGGUGAGCGAGCGCUCUCGGGUGAAACUGAGGGUCUACGGGCAGAAUAUCAACAACGAGACCUGGUCCAAGAUUGCCUUCACGGAACACGAGCGGAGCCGGGCGUUGGGGGGCUUUGACAGCUCCUUUGGGGAUAACCAGAGCCAUGAGGACUCGUCCCUCUUGCAUCCUUGCGGAAUUAGGACUUCGGAUAUAAUUAUACUACCCAACAUCAUAUUGAAUCGAAAAACAUCCGGAAUUGUUGAAAUUGAGGUCAAACCUCUGCGGAAGACCGAGAGGAGUAAGGCGUAUUACCUUUGCAUCGCCACCUCCACGCCGGCGGUGGCCGGGAUGCACGACCCGUGGACGGAGAACACCUGGAUCUACCACGAUGGGGACGACACCAAAGUGAUAGUGGUGGAGGAGAAAAAGUUUCUGCUGCCUUUCUGGCUCCAGGUCAUCUUCAUCUCCAUGCUGCUCUGUCUGUCUGGUAUGUUCAGUGGCUUGAACCUGGGGCUCAUGGCUCUGGACCCCAUGGAGCUCCAGAUAGUCCAAAACUGCGGCACGGAGAGGGAGAAGAACUACGCCAAGAAGAUCGAGCCGGUCAGGAGCCAGGGGAACUACCUGCUGUGCUCGCUCCUGCUCGGGAACGUGUUGGUGAACACCACGCUGACCAUCCUUCUGGAUGACAUCGCCGGCUCCGGGCUGAUUGCGGUGGUCAUGUCCACCAUCGGGAUCGUGAUCUUUGGAGAAAUUGUUCCUCAGGCCAUCUGCUCCAGACACGGCCUUGCUGUGGGGGCAAACACCAUCUUCCUUACCAAGUUCUUCAUGCUGCUUACCUUCCCCGCGUCCUACCCGGUGAGCAAGCUCCUGGAUUACCUGCUCGGACAGGAGAUCGGAACCGUGUACAACCGGGAGAAGCUGCUGGAGAUGCUGCGGGUCACGGACCCCUACAACGACCUGGUGAAGGAGGAGCUGAACAUCAUCCAGGGCGCACUGGAGCUCAGGACUAAAACCGUGGAGGACGUCAUGACGCCGCUGAGAGAUUGUUUCAUGAUCCCCGGGGACGCCAUCCUGGACUUCAACACCAUGUCCGAGAUCGUGAAGAGCGGCUACACGCGCAUCCCGGUGUUCGAAGGCGACAGGUCCAACAUAGUGGAUCUCCUCUUUGUCAAGGACCUGGCCUUCGUGGACCCGGAUGAUUGCACGCCGCUCAAAACCAUCACCAAGUUUUACAGCCACCCGCUGCAUUUUGUGUUUAAUGACACCAAGCUGGAUGCGAUGCUGGAGGAGUUUAAAAAAGGAAAAUCCCACCUGGCCAUAGUUCAAAGGGUGAACAAUGAAGGCGAGGGAGACCCCUUCUAUGAGGUUCUGGGAAUUGUCACCCUGGAGGACGUUAUUGAAGAAAUAAUCAAGUCAGAGAUCCUGGAUGAGACUGACUUGUACACCGACAACAAGACGAAGAAGAAAAUCACCCAUCGGGAAAGGAAGCAGGAUUUCUCGGCCUUCAAGCCCACUGACAAUGAAAUGAAGGUUAAAAUAUCACCUCAGCUUCUGCUGGCUACCCUGCGUUUCCUAGCUACAGAGGUGGAGCCAUUUUCUCCGGUGCAGAUGUCAGAAAAGAUCCUGCUGCGAUUACUGAAGCACCCGAACGUCAUCCAGGAGCUGAAAUAUGACGAGAAUAACAAGCGGGCCGCAGAGCACUACCUCUUCCACAGGAACAAGCCUGUGGAGUAUUUCAUCCUCAUCCUGCAGGGGAAAGUGGAGGUGGAGGCAGGAAAAGAGGGGAUGAAGUUUGAAGCAGGACCAUUCUCCUUCUAUGGGAUGAUGUCUCUGACAGUGUCACCUGUGCCACUGUCGCUGUCUCGUACAUUUGCGGCCAGUAGAGCAGAAUCGUUAGCAGGAUCUCCAGAGAAUAAGUCCCCUCCACGGUCAUUUGGGCUGAACCACUCAGAUUCCCUCAACAGGAGUGAUCGCAUAGAGGCCAUCACGCCGACGCUGGGCAGCAGCAACAACCAGCUCAACUCCUUCCUUCAUAUCUAUGUCCCCGAUUACUCUGUCAGAGCGCGAUCAGACCUGCAGUAUAUCAAGGUAACACGUCAACAGUACCAGAACGCCGUGAUGGCGUCAAGGAUGGACAAGACCCCCCAGUCCACAGACAGCGAGUUCACCAAGAUUGAGCUCACGCUGACGGAGCUUCACGACGGAGUGGUGGAGACGCCGGCCAUCGUUACCACCACGGCCAGCACUACCAGCACCUCCCCUGCUGUGGCCCUCGCUAUGGGCAACGAGACAUCCCACCUGCUCAACCAGCAGCUGAACUGUGUGGGCGUGAGCAGGAGCAACCACAGCGCCCACAACGAGGGACCCAUCUAGCCCUCAGCCCCUGCUGCGCCCAGUGGAGAUUGAGACCCUCCACCUUGUCCCAUGGACACGCAUGGAGCAGUGGCGUUAAGUGGAGAAGAGGGAAAGUGGUCAGAGUAAGGGUUCUGCUCCAACCUGAAGGCCCCCGCCCCCAUUCAGUCAAUGAGACUUAUCCAUUUUAGGAGGAUGGCAGCAGCGGGGAUGAUGGGUGCUGCAAUGUCCUGAACACCAGAACCCCCCACUGUACCGACAGAACCAGUGAAAUGAGAUUUUUGUAUGGUGAUAAUCUGUCACUUUCAUAGCGGCAACUCGGAUUAGAGGACGACGGAGUGCAGGUCCGCUCACAACGUAACACAAGGCUCGCUGGACUUUCUCCUCAGGCCAAAGACUUUGGUCCCCCCUCCUCCGUCCAGUCACACUGACACCCCUGUACAGAAACAAACCCUCCGCUCUGAUGCAUCCUUCAGGGAGGCUCAGGCAACUGUUGGUCCCAUCAGACUCACACACAGAGCAGCGGUUCGUAGAAGACUGCACCAAAAGAAACCGUUAAACCGAGAACCAAGAAUGUUUUCUUCUUUUAUUUAUUUAUUUUAUAAUAUUGUUUGUAUAUAUGUACACGUGGAGAAAUGAUAAUGAACAAAAAGCAUGCAUCCCCAAGAACAUGCUACAUAUGAACAUCCACUAAUGUAUAUGAGGAGGUGAGGAUCUUUUACAGAAACACUAUGUACAUUACAGAUCUUAUUAUUUUUACUAUUAUCCUAAAUCAGGCUUAUAGUAUCUUUUUCACCUUUAAAAAAAACAAAUCACACUAUUGCCUUGAAGAGAAAUUAUAUAAUUAGUUACUUUAACAAAGUGCAAUGAACCAUGCUUUAUUUAAGAGAUGAUUAUAAAAGAAGAUAAUUCAGUGUAUUAUAAAUUGACAGAUAUAUUUGUAUGUUUGUGGUGUCUGUUUUUGAGACGUGUUUAACUGCAGCCAUGUGGCGUGUCUCUUUCUCUUUGUCUCUAUCACGUUUUUGACCUCAACCACGUCCGGCUCAUGUGAUGACUUAACCAGUUACUGCAGCAUAUUUUGGGCGAGGGGGGUGUGGGGGUGAAAGUGCCAACCAACAAAGGUAUCUAUGCAUGUGAGGUUAUGUGUUUUUUUAUGCCUUUUGUUCAAAUUUCACGCAUAAUCAAACGUGAGAACUGCACAGUAUUAAUGACCUCGUCCUAACAAGUCAGAAAGAGCAACCUCGACAUUAAAUGAUGCACAGCUAAUGCUUCUCCACUGUUUUGCUAAUGAAUGUGUUUUUUUUUUUUAUCCUGUUUUUUUAGUUAUUUUGAACAAUGUAACAGAGACCAACCUUUGACUUGCUGUUUUGGCUUCCCCACAGAUUGUAGUUUAUAACUUAAGCUUAUUAAUUACAGAGUUGAUACAGAUCAGAUUUUCAGAUGUUCUUCAACGAUGCUGGCUGCUAUUAAACAGAGAUAUUUAUA